ACAGCGGCUCCUGGCGUUUCUGAACAACUAUCUUACCUGGAAGGCUCCAGACAACCGCCCCCGUCCCGGGCGCGCACUAAUGGGCUCGGAUGUGCGGCCGCCCCGGAAGUGACGCGCUGCCCCGUUGGCCGUGCGGAAGCGGAGAUGGCGGAGCUGUACGUGAAGCCGGGCAACAAGGAGCGCGGCUGGAACGACCCACCGCAGUUCUCCUACGGGCUGCAGACCCAGGCUGGCGGUCCCAAGCGCACACCGCUCACCAAGAGGGUCGCCGCCCCCCAAGAUGGAUCCCCUAGAGUUCCUAUCUCAGAGACUUCUCCUGGGGCCCCCCGAAUGGGGCCUCCACCUCUUUCAAGUAAGGCUUCCAGGCCCCCCCCUGUGGGGAGUUGUCCUGCCUCCAGUGUGGAGCCCACAAAUUUCCCAGUCAUUGAGUGUGAGACUCUACUAGAAGAUGUGCUGAAACCUUUGGAACAGGCAUUGGAGGACUGCCGUGGCCACACAAAGAAGCAGGUAUGUGAUGACAUCAGCCGACGCCUGGCUCUGCUGCAAGAACAGUGGGCUGGAGGGAAGCUGUCAACGCCUGUAAAGAAGAGGAUGGCUCUGCUGGUGCAAGAGCUUUCCAGCCACCAGUGGGAUGCAGCAGAUGACAUCCACCGCUCACUCAUGGUUGACCAUGUGACUGAGGUCAGUCAGUGGAUGGUGGGAGUUAAAAGAUUAAUUGCGGAAAAGAGGAGCCUGUCUUCAGAGGAGGCCAAGGAAGAGAAAUCUACAGCCACAGCUGAGGAGCACCAGACUGUCCCAGGCGUCCAACGGGCUCCAUAAUCCUGUGGGUUCCCCAGACUCACCUCACACCAUUUCCUAUGCCUUCUCUCUUAGGCCUGGGAGGGCUUCUCUCAUUUGGCUCCCUUUUACCACUUGGGAAACUGUCUGCCCCUUUGGGGUCCUUGGCUGGACCCACCUCUGGAGGAAGAGGUCCCACCUGGGUCGUAGGGAGUUCACUUGUUACCCAUAACAUAUGCAUUUUAAUAAAAACAUCUCCAUAGUGG